AGACGGAAGUUCGUCAAAACCUACAAAUGUUUCUCUGUUUCCACAGCUACCAUCCAGCGUGGGGACAAGAAGAUUGGAGACAAAUGCAAUGAGACGAAAGAAUGUGGGUUCGAUGGUGCCAUUUGCGCAAAGGAUAAGAAGUCCACCUGCCAAUGUCUACUGGAACUUCCGGCCAGCAACCACAUCGACAAGUGUGGUAAACCCGCUUCUAUCAACGAGUCUUGUUUCUUCAACGAGCAGUGUGAGAUGAGUCACUACCAGACAGAGUGUCGAGAAGGCCACUGCGUCUGCCGCUUCGAGAUGACGCCCUUUACCAAGAAGGACGGCACAAUAGAAUGCUCUGUGAAGAAUGAGGCAACUGAACCCCCAAAGUAUAUAGACCCUGCCAUGAUUGGCGUCCUGGUGGGCAUGGCCCUCAUGUUCAUCAUCCUGUGUGUUGUACUUCGUCUCUUCAGCAAAGCCAGAUGGCGAGAGAACCGAACAAUUUUCAAUACCCCAAAUCCACGACUGAUGAAUGUGUCACUCUUGAGAGACAGCAAACUGCUGCAUGGUCCUGAACGUCGGGGAAGUCGUGCAAGUGUCCGGGGUCCAAGUCGCCAGCCCAGCAUUGCAUCACUGAGACCACAGUCACCUCAAUCACUAGGUUCACGACGGGGAAGCCAUGCUAGCAGUAACGCAUCUGCAACAUCCAACAAGUCCCAGAUAUCACCAACAAAGGCAACGGCCUCUAACAGCACAGUGGUACCAAACCACACAGAGAGUGUCACUGUUGAGGUACAGGAGCCCAAAAUGUAAGUUGGAUGUCCACGGUGAAUGCAAGUGAAGAAGGCAUUAAGGGCUACUCCAACUCUGAAUAUAACAUACUUAAAUCUCACCUUGUUCAUGCUAUAAAGUUUCUUGUCACUCUGUUCUGAAAUACUGAACUGCCUACAAAACUGAUAUUAAGCUUCAAAAUUCUUCAUCUAGAGCCCAGCUUAGGGAAAGAUUCUAUCACAGUCCUGUUAUGAAAAGAUCUAUGUAUGAAAUUUCCAUAUUAAAUAUUAAAAUAGGUGCAAAUUUUCAGUAAGUUCCAAAUUAUCAAAUAUAUUAGUAUAUCGCUGUUUUCCAUGAUGAACUGUAUAACUAGUCAUUCUGAAAAUGUAGUUUGAUGCCAAAACUUGUAGUCUGAACAGGUAAGAGGAACAUUCAUUAAGUAUCCCUUGUGUACUUGAAAACGGGUGGUUAAUAUAAUUAGAGUGACUCUUACUAGGGACCAGCGAAUUUAUCAUAAUUUCUCUGUUAAGUUGAAUUAUGUUCUGUUAUAAUAAUGAAAUAGAAAAAACUUGAAAAAAUCAGAGGGGCUAAGAGUACAGUGAAUCACUGAUGCCUGUUAUAUCAGGUGAUUUCAUGGAAUAUUGAGUCCACAAACAAAUUUAUUGUCUGAAUUAAAACAAAAUAAAUUAUAAUUUGAACAAGAUCAUCAACAUUUAUGUACUAAUCUGAAUAUGACAUAUUUAUGAAGUUGAUUCAGUUGAUCUUGUGCCAAUGUUUGAGCUUAAAAAUGCUUAGAGAUAUGUCAUGCAUAAAAUAAAGAAAGUAAGUUUCAAAAUGAUACUAAGGACCUUUAAACAUUAACUGUCAAUCAAAAUGUUAAUCGCAGAGACAGGUCAUUAUCUGAGAUAGUCGGAAAAUUUAAACCAAUUGCCAGAAAAUAAUAAAAUUUGAAGAAAGAAUCUUUUUCCCAGUCCAUUUUGGGACAGAUAUUCUUUGAGACUUUUUAUAGCUCUGAAAAUCAAAGUUUAGAAAAAUAUUAGUAAUAGUAAUAAUAGGAGCUUUAGCUUUACAAUUUGCCUUCACUAUCUCAUUUCUUAGGACAUGUUUAAUAACAAUUAACAACAUAUUCAAGAAAUGUAUUUAUAUAUAUACCUAAAACAACGCUUUUUUAGACUUCUGUGCAUAAAUUUCUUUACAAAGAGUACUAUCAUAAUGAAGUAUUGCUUAUGUGAAAUUAAAAAAAUAAUAUCUUAUAUUCUGUUCUGUAUUAUACUAAUGUUGUUAUUUUUUUAACAAAGCAUUUUGUCUUGUGGUGACUUGCACCAUAUUAAUGUUAAAAGCACGCAUCAUCAAUUAACUCUAUACCUGUGCCUGUUCUUACUACUUAACUUUAAUUAAAAUGGCUCCAAUGCAACAUUCAUCGAUACACACAUACAUAGAAAGAGAGAGACCAAUAAUUAUUGGUAAUGGUUAUAAUCAUUACUUAUAUUUGCACAGGUGUAAAAUGUAGAUUAAACUAUCACCAUGCACUCAUUUUAGGGACAUAAUUUUAAGAAACCAAAUACGGUGAUAUGUAGAAAUAAAAAACUUUAAUGCAUUAGAGGUUUAGAAAAUAUUGUGUAGUUUAAGAUAUAUUUUAAAUGCUAUAUUCAUAUUCAGCUAACGUAUCCAGAGGUCAAUUUCUAUGGCCUUUGUAUCUUAACAGAAACCUAUACCAUACAGAGCCUCUCUUCACCAGCGAUACUCACGAUUCACAACUUUCACAUAAUCUCCUAUUCUGUUUACAAAUAUGGCAUCUGCUAUCAGAAAAUUUGGGGAAGGUUUUCUGAUCAGCAUUUGCUGGACAUUGACAUCAAAGAUGCAAAUUUAAUGACCUUAGUGCAGAUGACCAUGCAUGAUCUAUUAUAAAAGUAGCAAUUUUUUUUUUUGUAUUUGGUGGGCAUACUAAUUCAACUUGUUUAACUAAUAUAAUGAAAGUAGUAAUUCUUUCAGAGAAAGUGACACAAAAAAAGUUUUUACUAUUUAAAUACUAUUUCCUGUUACUGCUCAACUGUACAACAAGCUAUACUGUGAAUACUUUAUAUAUAAAUAUAUACUUGAAAGUUCUGUGGAGUAACAAGUCUCAUACAUGUAGCUUCGACUACUUUAAAACAUGUAGGUUAAGAUUUAGAGGUGACAUUCUUUAUAUAUGAAAAAUAUAAUUUUACAUAUAACAUAGUAUGUACUGCACUUUCUGUAAGUUUCUUAAAUGUUAACAAUUCUAAAACCUCGUGUUAGUUUUAAUGUUUGAACUUGGGUCAUUGGGGAAGAGAUCCAAGUGCCAUCCAUUAAAAUGAUAACACAGUACUAACUUAUGUAAAUACAGACUAAACAUAAACGUGCUCUGUCAAUACUUUUUUAACAUUAUUAAUGUAAUAUAUUCAUAUUUCUGCUCGUUCCAAGGGUAUUUAGUGUGUUUGUUUUUAUUUUCCCUUUUUUUAUUGGAAUGCUGUAAUGGAAGAAAAUAAUGUAUGAAAAGUCAGAGGAACUCUUUUUCUACGAUUUCUGUCUCUAGAAUAUUAACUAUAUUUAGAAAUAGUACUGAGAAAGUGGAUAUUAAGGAUGAGAUUUGCCUAGGGUAACUCAGAAAGGAAUAGAAUAGCAAACUAUUUAAAAAUGCCAACUGAACUCACUUUGUAUUCCUGUCUUUCAAAAUAACAUAUAAAAUACUGUAGCCUAUAGCAUUUACUAUAUUUCCACAUGCAGAGUAUUUACUGCUGUUACUCAAUACAGUAUGGAGAAUGUAUCACCUAACUUACUUUUAAUAAAAAUCCUAUCUUACAAGACGA